GGGAGACUUCGCUGAGCAGAGCAUCAUCCAAAAUAUGACAACGCAGACUCUAGAAAAUAUAACUCUGCAUGCCCAUGAGAUAUUAGUUCUUAUUAAAGAAUUCUAUACUAACUUUCACCCACUGUUCCCGAUUCUCCCAACUCAGGCUGAUUUUCUGGAGGCCUACGACGCAAAUAAGUUACUCUUAUGGACUAUAAUUACAAUCGCUUGCAAAGAGUCUGCUGAAUAUUCUCAGCUUUAUAUCACUCUUGUCGACCCCGUGCGUAGACUUGCGGGCGAUCUGUACAAUAUUCAAAGUCGAGACUUCGAAACGAUACAGGCUCUUCUUCUCUUAUGCAUAUGGCCCUUUCCUUUCCAACAAACUAUCAACGAUCCAUCGCCCAUGUAUUGUGGUCUUGCUACGCAGCUUUCAUAUCAGUUAGGUCUACAUCGUCCGAAUCUUCAAAUGCAUUGGGAAUACGGAGCAACAACCUCGAAUACUCGUGUCAAUCUGGGGCGAAGCAAGGUCUGGCUUGGUUGCUUUGUUGUUAAUCAUGCUAUCUCGGCUAGACUGGGCACACCUUCGACGAUCCAACCUGGCCACGCUAUCCUGUCGGAACUUGCUAGAGGGCCUACCUCUGAACUACCCGUACCUUUGUUGGGUUAUAUUCAUAUUUCAUACAUUGGGAUGAAGGGGUUGCAGGCCCUGGGUGACGACAUAUCGUCCGCAACCGGCAGGGCAAAAUAUCCAACAUCGUUAGUCACCAUCUUUGACCAAAAGCUAAUCACGAUGCGCGAAAGUUUGGGUUCAAAAUGGUCAGACCUGACUGAAAUAUAUUUUUUGACAACCAAACUGCAAAUAAUUUUCUUUGCUCUUGACGAGGAUAGUUAUCCUGAAUCAAUAUUUACGGUUGAUGUUUCGUCCUUGGUUAUUUAUGACCAGGCAUGUACUACCACUCAACGUCUGCUCGAGGUUGCUGCAUCAAAUGCUGCAGAGACGCCUUACUGGCCUAUUCAUGGCAAACACGCCGCUGUUUACGGUACCAUAAUGGCAUUCCGGUUAGCCUGUAUAGCUCAGGCAGGGUCAAAUCAGCGAGCCUUACUUCAGCAAGCUAUAGAGCGUGGUGCGUCUCUGAUCAAAUCUUGGUCAAUGUUUCCUAAGGAUAGCUUCGCUCGCAUAUCCUCUCACAUUGAUUAUCUCAGUCGCAAGCUUGCAAGAAACCAAAGAGAAUCCAUGCCAAAGCUAUCAUCUAGUGGAAUUGCUUGGCAGGAUGUACAGCCCGACCAUGAAACACCCUCGUAUAAACCAUUUGUCAAAUCGCGUAUGGCAGCCGACGUUCUCUACGAUACCAUAUGGGCUGGUAAAUAUGGGGCUUUGGAAGAAGAACAAAGAUCUCAGGAGCUAUUGAGUCAGGACACAAAUCAGUUUACGAGUCCUACUCUUCCCGAAAUCAAUCUCAAUCCAGAUAUAGGAUUUCCUAAUGGUCCUGAAGAACACCGAUUGGAUACCGUUCUCAAUGAUACCGCUUUCUUUUAUAGAGAAAACUCGGAGAUUAUGGACAUCUUCGAAGAUUGGGAGAGUUUGAUUGGCAACUCAUUAUAGUUAUAUUUGACCAAGCACAUACUCAACCCAAUGUUCGUGUGUGAUGGGCUGGGAGUAAAAAUGAAGACUUCAUUAUGAUUAUUACGAAAAUUAAUCUAAUAUUCUAAGCAAGCUAAACGAAAGUUUAUUGCUUCUCAUGCUCAUCCAUACAUGGAAUUAAGACCCACAGAAGCUUGACAUGCUGGCAACUUCCAUGAGUGUCCGUUUCUCCAAAACGCCCCGAAACAAUAGGGCGUUUCACAGUCACCUUCAGCG